ACGACGUCGGGACUCAGUGCGCACCGGUAGUCCUUUGGCAGCGGCCCGCGUCGCACGCCCGGACUCUCAGUUACGCUGUCCCGUGUCCCGCCCUUGGGUGUGGCCCCGCCCGGGCCCCGGUGUUUACCCAGGGCCUGGGCGCACGCACGCGACGGCACGUCUCCCGCCCCGCCCCGCCGUGACGUCAGCCCGCCUCCCGGAAGUGGGCGCGCACGGAGCGGCGGGUGAAGCCGGUGCCUGAGCGGGAACCGCAGCGUCGCCGCUGCCCGCGGUGGGCGCCGCGCCUUGAGCGCCCCGGCUUCGCCGCCCGUCCGCCCCGGCCGCGAUGGAGGUGCCGCCUGCGGCCCGCCUUCCCGCCGCGGGCGCUCCGACGGCGGCCGUGGCCGAGGUGCGCUGCCCUGGCACCGCGCCGCUGCGCCUGCUCGAGUGGAGGGUGGCGGCGGGCGCGACUGUGCGCAUCGGCUCGGUGCUGGCCGUGUGCGAGGCCGCCUCCUCCGCGCAGCCCGCCGGGCCCGCCCCGGCCCGUGCAGCCUCUGGGGGCUGCGUGCGCGCCGCGCGGGCUGAGCGCAGGCUCAGGUCGGAGCGCGCGGGCGUGGUGCGGGAGCUGUGCGCGCAGCCGGGCCAGGUGGUGGCCCCUGGAGCCCUCUUGGUGACGUUGGAAGGAUGCAGCCACCCGGUUGUCAUGAAGGGCUUGUGCGCUGAGUGUGGCCAGGACUUAACCCAGCUGCAGAGCAAGAAUGGCGAGCAGCAGGUGCCCCUGUCCACAGCAACUGUGUCCAUGGUACACAGCGUGCCGGAGCUGAUGGUGAGCUCUGAGCAAGCUGAACAACUUGGAAGGGAAGAUCAGCAAAGACUACAUCGAAACAGAAAACUAGUCCUCAUGGUUGAUUUGGACCAGACCCUAAUACACACAACAGAGCAACAUUGUCCACAGAUGUCAAACAAGGGCAUCUUCCAUUUCCAGCUGGGCCGGGGCGAGCCCAUGCUGCACACCCGGCUGCGCCCCCACUGCAAGGACUUCUUGGAGAAGAUCGCCAAGCUCUACGAGCUGCACGUCUUCACUUUUGGCAGCCGGCUGUAUGCACACACCAUCGCAGGCUUUUUAGACCCUGAGAAGAAGCUUUUCUCCCACCGGAUCCUGUCCCGGGAUGAGUGCAUCGAUCCGUUUUCUAAAACAGGAAACCUGCGCAAUCUCUUUCCCUGUGGAGACUCCAUGGUCUGCAUCAUUGAUGACCGGGAAGAUGUCUGGAAGUUCGCCCCCAACCUGAUAACUGUGAAGAAGUAUGUGUAUUUCCCAGGCACAGGUGACGUGAACGCGCCCCCUGGGUACCGGGAGUCUCAGGCGCGGAAGAAAGUGAACCAUUCUUCUAAAGGUGCUGACGUCUUGGAACAAGCUCCAUCUGUGAAAGACCCUGAGGAAGGCAGACCCGUUCCUGGGGCAGAGCGGAGCAAUGGCCUUGGAAAGCCUACCCGAGAGCUGAAUGGCAGUGAGGCUGUGCUGGGAACGGCUCCUGGCAAGGCAGACGAGCGGGACGCCUGGCCCUCUCCCCGGGCCCCUUGUGGCCGUGAGCCGGCAGAAGCUCCAGAGCCCCAAGCCCAAGCAUCUUGUGAACCAGUUGGUCGGACCUCCCCAGGGGCACAGCCCACACAGGGUGCGUCUGGUACAGAGUUAGAUUUUGAUUUGUCCAGUGACAGCGAGAGCAGCGAGUCGGAGGGUCCCAAGUCCUCCUCCUCCACUUCUGAGGGGGAAAGUGAGAAGAGAAGCCGAAAAAGACCUCUGGCUGCCCAGGAUGCAGCAAGAGCCCCACAGCAGGGAGGCCCACCUGACGUGGGCGGGGGGAGACCUGCAGGAGCGGGCCCCCCAGGAGAGCCGGGCUCCAGAGUCCACACGCAGGACAAAGGGCCAGACCUGGAUGUGCAGGAGGAGGGCGAGCGAGACGGCCUCUGUGGCCUGGGCAAUGGCUGUGUGGACAGGAAGGAGGCGGAGACAGAGUCCCAGAACAGCGAGCAGUCGGGCAUCACCGCGGGCGAGUCCCUGGACCAGAGCAUGGAGGAGGAGGAGGAGGACACGGACGACGACGACCACCUGAUCCACCUGGAGGAGAUCCUGGUGCGCGUGCACACGGACUACUACACGCGGUACGACAGGUACCUCAGCCAGGAGCUCGAGGAAGCCCCGGACAUCCGCAAGAUCGUGCCAGAGCUCAAGAGCAAGGUGCUGGCGGACGUGGCCGUGAUAUUCAGUGGGCUGCACCCGACAAACUUCCCCGUGGAGAAGACCCGGGAGCACUACCACGCCACAGCCUUGGGGGCCAGGGUCCUCACCCAGCUGGUGCUGAGCCCCGACGCCCCCGACAGGGCCACACACCUGAUCGCAGCACGGGCUGGCACAGAGAAGGUGCGGCAGGCACAGGAGUGCAGGCACCUGCAUGUGGUCAGCCCCGACUGGCUGUGGAGCUGCCUGGAGCGCUGGGACAAGGUGGAGGAGCAGCUCUUCCCGCUCUCAGAGGACGACGCCCGGGUGCACAGGGAGAACAGCCCCGCAGCCUUUCCCGACAGGCAUAGUGUGCUUCCAGCAGCCCUGUUCCACCCGACGCCCGUCCACCCCAAGGCCCAGCCUGGCCCUGAGGUCAGGAUCUAUGACUCCAACACAGGGAAGCUCAUCAGGACGGGCACCCAGGGCCCAGCGCCAGUGCCCCCCGGCCCCCUGCCUGUCCUCGGGGAGCCCCCAUCCUUCAGAGCCGUCCAGCCACAGCAGCCACAGAUGUUUGGUGAGGAGCUGCCCGACGUGCGCACUGGAGAGCGGCCUGGCCCUGCUAGGAGGAAGCGGCAGCCCAGCCUGUCGGAGACCAUGCCCCUGUACACGCUGUGCAAGGAGGACCUGGAGAGCAUGGACAAGGAGGUUGACGACAUCCUGGGAGAAGGCAGCGACGACAGCGACAGCGAGAAGAGGAGGCCGGAGGAGCAGGAGCAGGAGCGGGAGGGCGCCGCACAGCCCCGGGCCCCCCGGGCCCCCCGGGGGCAGCCGCUCGGACCAGCCUCGUCCAGCGACCGGAGCACCACAGGCGCCCGUGGUCCCAGAGGCCACAAGAGAAAGCUGAGCGAGGAGGACGCUGCCAGCGAGUCCAGCAAGGAGUCCAGCAACGAGGACGAGGAGGGCAGCAGCUCGGAGGCGGACGAGAUGGCGGCAGCACUGGAGGCGGAGCUGGACGGCCUGAUGUGAGGCGCAGCAGGCCCUCAGCCGCGGCGCGGCCCGUGCCCCAGACGCUUGUCUUGCAGAGCUCUGCAUACAGAAACACAUUAUUUUGCAGAAAUAGGUGUUUUUAAGAAGUUUUACUAUAGGAAAGUCUACUUUUGUACGUGAGGGAGUGCUGCGGGGAGCUGGUGAGCUAUGCCAAAGGCUCGGCAGAGCCGCCUUCCUGAGACUGGAGUCGGUGGCUUCUCGUCACACUCUAGGGUGGGUUUGGGGGUCCCUCUGUGUGCUCCGGCAAGUUACUUGGGGCGAAGCCUGGGGCCCCGAGGAGACCAGGCGAUCACGACAAGAGCCUGGCGUCUGCUGCUUUGCAGCCCAGCUGUCAGGUCGCCGAAGGUUCUCAAGGGGUCGGAGCGGCGAGCUGCGUGCAGAACACCGAGGUCACAGGCCCGAGCCCCAGCCAGCCAUGGAGGCCCGGAGCCUGGGCUGCCAGGCUCCAACCUCAGGCAUCGUGACGAGAGGACCUCCCUUUUCUUGGGUGGCCUGUGCUUCUUGAGAGAUCUGAUGUCAAGUUUUUGUAUAUCGAUUUCAUAUUUGACCCACCAGAUUCUGUCAUUUAAUAAAAAUCCUUUUUGUACGUUC